AAUAGAAUUCGACCACAGCGUCUGGUGUCAGUAGCUUUCCGAGGAAGUUGGUUAAAGGUGAUGCUCUACAGUCUGAGAUUGCUAGAUUAUUGUUAUAUUUGAAAUCAAGGGAACUAAAAUAUAGACAAAAUAAGUACGAACUUUAGAAUUUAAUAUUUUAUUUUGUAAAACCGAAAACAUGACGGCAUUUUAAAAUCGCAAAUUGGCAGAGAAAAAAAAAAAAAAAAACUGCACCAAUGAAUACUGCAGAAGCGAAAAGGGUCAAAUAUAUACUUCAAACUUCAAGAAAGAGGCACCUCUUAAUAGUUUUGCAUCGACCUAUAGAGCAAUAACACCCGCAUUAUUGCAUCAGACAAACGACUGCAGAACAAAAUCUGAUGCUUUGCACUUUAUCAUCAAGCUAACAUUUACUAAGCCAGUUGUCGUGUUUAAUUGCAAAUACACCUCCAAUCGAAAUGAAGUUGAAAGACAUCGUGACAGAGGAAUCCUCUUUGUGGAUUUUCGGGUACGGUUCUUUGGUUUGGAAGCCUGAUUUUAAAUUCAGUAGAAGCAAAAUCGGGUACAUUAAUGGCUACAGCAGAAAGUUCUGGCACGGGGACACGUUCCACAGAGGCAACAGAGAAAUGCCUGGGCGUGUGGUUACCCUCGUGGAAGAUAAUGAAGCUUGCACAUGGGGAGUGGGCUAUGAGGUCCAGGGUGCCCAGAUAGAAGAGUCCCUCAGGUACCUGAACAUCCGAGAGAGCUCACUGGGUGGGUACGUCACUGAGCUGGUGGAGUUCUACCCGCGUGGCGAGAAUGAGUCAGUGCUGGCACUGGUUUACAUUGCCACCUCAGACAAUCCCAUCUACCUGGGUCCUGCCAGUUCAGAGGAGAUCGCUGCACAGAUCGCCAUGUCCAGCGGCAAAACCGGACACAACAUUGAGUACCUUGUACGGCUUGCAGAGUUCAUGCGGCUGUACUGCCCAGAGGUAGAGGACGAUCAUUUGUUCUCCAUUGAAACUGCAACAAUAGCCAUGCUGCCAUACUUGAUAAACAAAAAACGGUCAAUCCCUGUGUUUUAACCUGUUUGUUUCCGUCCUUCCUCCACCACAGAACACAAGCUCAUAAUCCCCCCUUUGUUUGUGUACCAUCACAUACUGUAUCUCUUUCCAUGUAAGGUUUACCAGUCUGUAGUCAUUGCACACUUAUACAUAUGGUGCAUAUUGGACUUUAUAUUCAUACGUGGUUCUUCAUAUAUGUAUAGUAGCUCAUAUACAAAUGUGUAUGUAUGAUUCAGUGAAAGGUGACUGUUCAAUAGUAUUUGUUUAGCUGCAAAAGACAGGAAAACAAUUUUAAUGAAAUUGCUGCAGUGGAUCACAAUUUUCAAUGUCGUUUUAGCUCCUGUUGUGCUGUAAGUAGUUUAUUAAUUUAUAGAAUAAUUUGCUGCUCUACCAAAUGCAGCAUUUCUGUCUCAUUCUUGGUGGGUCAUGUGUAUACACUGUAUGAAUCAACACUAUGAAUCAUGUUUGAAAAUAUAUUUCUUCUUCGGUUUCCAGUGGUGCUUUUGUUUAAUUGUAAAUUUCAAGUGGAAAAGAUUAUUUUAAUGCCGAGCUGAUGUAAGUGGACAUUGAGUUUAAUGGUACCAAUGUAUGCUGGCAACAAAGCUGUUUUAAUGUUGGUCUGCCUCUCAGUAUGGACUUAUUGUGCUUUUGUAGCCAUGUUCACUAUGACGUUUUAUGUAUGCAAAAGUCUGGUACAACAUGUUCGUGAUUAAUUAAUACCUUUGUUUUUAAAGGAAGUAUUUACUUUUACAUUAUAUGUAUAACCAUACUCCAAUAAAUGUCAACACACA